AUGCCUGGAAUAACGCUUGGUAAAGAACCGGCUAAGCGUUCUAGCACAGCCAACAAUGAUGGAGUCGGCCGGCAUCUAGUAUUGGAGCUCGAAUACCAAUGCCUGCUGUCCACCAAUGUGUCCACCAUUCUGCAAGGCUUCAAGCAAAUGCUCAAAGUCGCCCAAAGGCGAUGGAGUUACCCCCCCAUCCAUCUGCAUCCUGUGGAAGAGGGAAAUCUCAAGGACGUGGGACCAAUCCCACUCAUAUUCAAGCCCCUAGAUCUGCCGGACCUAAGAUUAUCAUCCAUUGGACCAGAGCCUCAGAUAUCCAUCGCACUGAUACACUGGUGCAUCACCUGGUUACACAUCCACCCGAUGCCCAUCCUUAAAAAAUCGUUCAAGGAGCAACUCAACAAGUUCAAUAAGACCGGUGCGGGUGUCACUCCACUUGAUGAAAACGCGGCUGUUAAUCUACAUCAGCAAGUUCUGCUUGAAUUCCGUGGAGUUGAUCACGCCGGUGAUUUCUACGCACUCAUUGGUCCACGUGGGGGGGCUGGUCCUUCCCCUCGCCAAGAUACUGCUGACCCUCGGCUCCUUCCCCCAAACCAUCAGCACCUUCCUCCAAACCGUCAGCUCCUUGACCCAAACCUUCAGCUCCUCGACCCAAACCUUCAGCUCCUCGACCCAAACCGUCAGCUCCCUGGCCCAAACCAUCAGCUCCUUGGCCCAAACCAUCAGCCCCUUCCCUUGGACUCUCAACCCCCCCCCCUAAGUCCCCAUACUGCUAAUAAUCAGCCCAUCACUACAAGCACUCGGCCCAUUCCCCCAAGCACUCUGACCCCCCCUCCCCACCAACCCCCUCCCCCACAUUAUGCCGGCGCUGAGGAGGAUGAUAUCGACGAUCCAGAUGGCGACCUUUAUGACGACCCUCAUGCUGCUGACGAUGACCAUGGCCCUUUCUUUGCUCCCCUCGGCAACGCACUGGAUACGCUGGAAGGAGACUUCAACAUGGACAAUGACGACGAUGGUGGGAUGGAGUUCAACUCCUCCCAGCCUCAUGACUUCAAUCUUGAUAGUCCCCUCAAAGUGGUGGGACACAAGCGCCAGUACACUGCUUCGCCGUCUCCCCCUCCCAUCGAAACAAAUUCAUUUGCUCUCUGGCAGAAACCGCAGACACCUACAUACCACGACGUCACUCUCUGCAAGGCCACAGAGCUCUGUGAGCUCAAAGAAGAAGAGGGCCUCAGUGAAUCGAAGAACGAGCAGCUGCGCCAUCAAGAUGCAGUACCAGUCACACAAGAGAGAGUUCCAGUGGCGCCGCUGAGUCUCGCUCGCAGGACAUCCUCAUCUCGGCCACCUCACACCAACGCUGAGCAGGAGGCGAAGGAUAAGGAGAUCCUUUGCCUCCAAGCUGUAGCUACGCUUCAGGAGAGGGAGGCUGAGACCUGGCAUCUCAAGAUCCAGUAUGAGACCAUGAUGUGUGCUGCUGGUGGGAGUGUUGGUGGUCCCUCGCCCUCGUCAUCAUCAGGCUGA